UGCAGAACCCAUCAGUACACCGGCAUGUGGCCUGUGGCUCAAUUUUCUCAGAGACAUCUGUCUAUAAUAACAAUGGGUUUAUUCAAUAUUAAUUAUUUAAUGCAAUACAGAUUUCUCAGGGCUCUUAAUUUAACAGAUUUUUCUCACGAAAUAAUCGAUCGAUAACUGUGCACAUAUAUACAUGAAAUAAGCAAAUAGACCAUCUACAAUUAAAUGUAAUGUUUUUGAGAAGAUAAGAAUAUGUACAACUUUUAAUUAGCAGCAUAUUUAAGAAUACACGUUUUUGACUAAACCAGGUCGUACAACCUGUUCGGUACACAGUAUAUUUGCCAGGUUAAGUAUUGUAGAGUCUCAGUACUUUUGUUUGCACGCAUGAUUUCUAAUUUAUUAGCGUCUCGUUCUACUGGAUAAUAUACAAAUAAAAAGAUGUGGAUGGAAUGAAUGGUUUGUAUCUUACGAACAACGCUUGACAGGAAUUUAUAAGAUUUUAAAUCUCUAUUCACAAUCAUAUUCAUAAUGACCUCAAUAAAUUCACAAGAUAGCUUACUCAACGCUUUCAUUACUCUCAGCAACACUGAAGAAUCUUUCGUCAAAAGCCCGGGAGAAUAAUGGGGGAUAAGAUGAUGAUCAGAACUAGAAAAUGAAGCAUGUUUACGAAUAACAUAUAUUACCACACCAAUAAUGAAAACCAAGUCUAAAUGCGUAUCAAAACGACUUGGAAAUCUACCAUAUUUUAGUGACUAAGCAAUGAAAGAAAGCUAUGGUCACAUGAAUUAAAAUCUCACCAUGUAAUUGAAGGGGAAUCAUUAAAAUCAGUAAUGACUAAUCCAAUGUAUUCAUUUGAAAACAGAUAAAGUACAUGACACAUAGUCUGAAGUCACGUAAAUUUUGGUAACAUAAAUAUAAUCUUAUUUUUCCUAGUCUUCUAGACGGCAAACAAAAGUUAGAAAUCCGACAAGCUCGUUUGGGAACCCAAGAAUUAGGUCAACAUUGGUUCACAUUUAUAAAUGCAGCUCCGCCGCAACCACACGUUUUCCCAUUGUUUGGUCUAUGAUGAUGAUAAAUGUUAAAGCCAUGCAGUGAUGCUAAACAGUCGUCAUGUAAUUCAGUCAACCCAGAUUUUUGAGUUAUGAUGCAAUUUUUAAUUUAGUGGGAAUCGAAGACAGUACACCUUCCAAUUAGUUGUCGGCAGUUGAAAAUUUGCAGUUCGGGAAUCAACAUUUGAUUUAUGUUUAUCCGUUUCCAUGCACAUUUCCAUCCACCAUUAUGUCACUAAUUGUACAUUUUUAUAUUUUAUAAAGCGAUAGAUCGUUAGCAUUAAGCAUACACGCUUCAAUGGGUUAUGCAAUAAUUAGACAUAUUAAUGUAUUAGACUUAACAAGAAGGAAAACUUGUUGAAAUAUGUCGGUGGUAGGAACAGCUGGCCCAUAUAUUCAAGCAGGCUCCAGCUUGCACAGGCGAAGAGAUGCGAAUGUUUUAUGUUUACUUCUGUUCACAAUCCUUAUUACCGACCUGUCGGAUAACAUUUGCUUGUCGGUGCUGAUCUGUGAAUAUGAUGCAAAGAUCCGUAUGUCCAUAAAAAGCAAAAAGCAUCCACUUGAGCUUCAAAAGGACCUUACUAUAAUAGAGUAGUGAGCAGUAAACCAUAGGAUAAAGCUUAAGCUGUAGAAGUGCAAUGUGCACAUUCUGCCCCAUUGACGUAUAGUACUUACACCAUCCAUGAAAAUCCGCUCCUCAUUGUCUCCUCGGAGCGUGACCCCGGGUUUAUGACCACAGAGCGCUGAGACCCCAGCUCAAACCACAUGGGCGAUGUAGCAAAGGUAAAGACAACUGGCCACUUUAUGCGAUGACACCAUGAUGCAAUCACCCUGGAGUUGUUCCCAACUUUUUGGGAAGUCCACAGUUUUGUUGCGCUCCUCCCUUUGAAAGAGACAUAAGUCUCUUAGACCAAAUACAGAGACGCGCAACCAAGUGGGUAACCGGUCUAAAACAUAAAUCUUACGGUAACAGACUCCAUCACCAGGGAUUAUUCUUGUUGAACUAUACGAGAAUAAGUACGCCAAACCACUUCAACACAACCAUAUAACCAGAAAAUCAUUACCACGCUCUCACUUUUCUUACUAAGAGUUCCCUCAUUAUGAAAGCUCUCCAAGCCCAAGUGACCACAGCUCAAUCAGUGAAUAGCCUUAAAGGGAGCCCCGCUGAACGUGUACUAACCCACAGAUUAACUUCUUUUUUGAACCAGCCGUGUCUGUUGCACGUCCCAUAAACUAUGGCGGUUAUCAUUACUGGAAAUCAGUAAGUACUUCCCAUGUCUCUUAUUAUCAUAUCCGUCCAGCUCUUAUUAUUUUAUUUGCAUCUUCGUGUAUACUAUCAACCAAUCAAUUAAUCAACCUGCUGCUCGGUAAUGCGAUAACUACUUGUAUCUGGAAGCCCUACUGACCUGAGACCAACGCGCUCACUCAGCUACAAGAUAUACAAAUCCACAAACAACUACCAAACUGACUAAAACUAGUGUAAUCUAGUGUCUAGACCACCACCCAUUGGAUAUUUUCAUAUACUUAGAGCUGUACCGAAACAGCAAGAAGGGAGCGCAAAGAAGUCACUCGGAUAAUAUAAGCUCGUGAUAAGGAUAUUGGAUACAGAUGGGCUUUUAAUUAACGAUAAUCUCUGCCGUGAUGAAAAUACGAGAAGCAAUUCAUUGAAGAACUACAAACCAGUAAACAAAUGUGAGCACAAGUUUGGUAAAUGUUUAUCAUGUGGUACAGUUCGUUCACGUAAUUCACGUGCAUUUUGUCUUGUUAUAUGCUUCAAAAGUAGUAAAAUCUGCUUGUGAGACUAUUGCUCAUUUUGCCACUAGUUAAGGUAAACCUUAUACUCAGAUUUCAUUAAGUUGGGUAUUUCUAAUGGAUAUUUAUCUGCAUCCAAAACUCCGAAACAUAAUUCCCACACUCGGGAGUAAUUUUAUACUGUUCUUGAUUCAUUCCAUAUCUUUAUUGUCGACAUAGAAGGUAUUGAGUCCAUCAUUUCAUUCAAGAACAUAACGUCUUCAAAUUCUGACGUGGUACAACCUACUGAAGCUUCAGUAUUUAGGAUUACUGGGGAAAACUCUGCCUGUACGAUGAUGCCAUGAAUCGCUGUUUUGAGAUGAUCGUUCAUCAUACAUGGCUUAUGAGUAUUAGUUAGUGAAACAGAAUCGUCAAUAAGAGGUUUGAAAAAUUUUAAAAGCCUUGAAGUGUGGUUGACUUUAUCAGAUUCCAAAUACGAUUCUGAUCCUUUACUUAAAUGUUUGAUAGUCACAUUUGCUAGGUGCAGUGCAGAGAUGAGAAUUCAGCCGAUAAAAUCCCAAGUACAAAGCGAUCCAAUCUUUCUUAAAGGACAAACUAUUCGUUGUGGUCUUUAAAUAGCAGUACUUAAGAUAUUGAAUGAUUUGCUCGUGAAAAGAAUGAUUGGACCGAUUUAGUCUUUAUCGUUGGAGACUCCUAUUGUUACUCCCUUGAAGUCUGGUGGCAAGACCCCUAGAACAUGUGAAGGUUUCAGGUUAACACCGAGAUUCCGUUUACUGAAGCAGGCAUUCACGACGGUGGAAGCUGAAGAUACUUAAUCGACUUCAUGGUUCUAAGGUAUUCAUAGAAGUUGUUUUGAAAGUUGCUUACCUUCAAAUUCCCUUUGAUCAACCCUCAUCUAUUUUUACAUGAAUUAAUGCUCCUCUUUGUUUUUAAAAAAUACAAAUUCCUUCCAUUUGGUCUAUGUUGUUCUCCAGCCAUAUUUCAGGAAGUCAUGAAUAAUCUAGUCAGUGAUUUUAAAGGUGUUCAAGUUUAUCGAUAUGAUCUCAUUACUCGUAGUUCUGAUAAAGUAGCUCAUGAUCAAAGACUUAUUGAUUCAUCGCAUCGUUUAAUCAAGAAGAAUAUUGCUGUGAAUCCGAAUAAGUGUUCAUUUUGUGUAUUUAAUUUUGAAUAUCGUGGAUACUUAAUCGAUAGUAAUGGUUUUAAACCAGAUAUUAAGCAGCUAGCUUCACUAAAAAAUGCACCAUCUCCAAAAAAUCUUACAGACCUACGUUCGUCAGUGAGUACUUGUGAUAAUUAGAAGUACUCAGACUGAUUCGUUAACCAAGAAUUCCCUAAAUAAUGCAAUUUAAGGCAGGUAGAACUAGUUGAGCACAACUGAAAGUAUUAAAUUUGGAAUUCUUAAGCAGGCAAUCAAAUACAAACGAAUCAUCAGUUGUUACAAUACCACAGGGCAGUGGACCAAUAAACUGUAUUGCACUCGAACUUACUGUUGCUUAACAAAGUUAUUUAAAACUCAGCGCAAGACACCAGCUGUUAUUUGGAGUGUUAAAUAACUUCAUAAUUAUUUAUUUAGGAAUAAAUUUACUGUUGUUACAGAUAAUGAAGCAUGAAAGCUCAUUUAUCGUCCUAAAAAAGUCCUUACCAUGUUCCUCAGUUUCUUCGGUUUGACGAUGGAGUAUUGCUCCAAAUGCCUAUGACUAUACGAUUCAGCACAGAGGUGCCAAACAAAUUCAGUAUGUUGACUACAUAUCUCGACAGUUGUAGUGAACGAAAACUCGAGUGAGGGAACCAAUUUACUGUUUUAUGUAAAAUUGCAGAAUGCCUUCGUAUAGAAUGAAAAUCAUACAGUAAAUACAUCACUUACACGACUUCUUUGCGUUGAUCUUUACAUACUCCAUUAUUCCUCGAGUUCUGUUGUUAGUUUGACUGCUCUCCGAUUUCCUUCCUGUUCUCUUGACUUCAGUCUUAUGCUGCCAGACAUUCCACUUCCGACUGCUGCUACAUAAUGCUUAUACCUGUCAGCACAAGUAGCAUGCACCACAUAGUCAUUAAAAGAUACGCCUGUUAAUACUACAGAUUGUUUAUUACUACACCCUCUACCGGUGAGCCAUCCAGAUUUCACUAGGGAAACUCGUCG